UCCUCUUUCCUUUGGCGCACACUUUCUAGACCCUGGAAACGCAGGAACGAGAGAGAGACUCUGACCCAGGACCAGGUCGCCUUUCCCACAGGAGCGGAGGCUCCGGCGGCUUUCCGGGUGCCCGGGGCGGACCCGCCUUCUCCGCGCUCCCAGCCGCCCGGCGCCCGCAGACCACCGAGCGCGGCGCAGAGGACGGCGAGCGCUGGCGAGGCCACGAAGGAGCCGCCGGGUGCGGGGAGGCGGGCGAGGCUCGGGGACACGUUCCCGCGUCCCCAAGACAGGGGACACUCAACGGCAGCGAGGCGACGGAAGCUGGCCGGAUCCGCGGCGCGAGCUGGCCAGCUGAUGGCCGUCUGACCGCAGGGAGCAUCUCGCGCGCGGGGCCGGCAGACCAGCUUCCGCGCAGAAACCCCACGAUCCAGAUGCUUCCGCUUCCAACACUGGGUCUCCCCAGCAGGAGAGCCCAGGUGCGAGCCCGGCCUGGCCUCCACCUGACCGCCGGCCUUCUGAUCCGGGGUGCCAGGGAGGAUGACCAGUGUGACCGUGCUUGCACGCUGCAGGAGGGAUGGCGACUUGGGAGACAUUUAGGCCCUGAAAGCAGUUAUGUUCUUUCUCAUCUGAACCAGGACCGUGAUUUCAGUCUACCUGAAGUGGAGACACUGCAGGACCCCAGGCGUGAAGACGCUGUGCAACCUCGGGAAGCUGCUGGACAGACUGCAGAGAGACCACAAGGAGGACAUCUUCCUCUACGCCUCGGGCCACCUCAAUCCCAGCAAGCUCUACCGGCCGCCCGGGGCCGCCCUGCAUUUCUGGCGCAAUGCCCACAGGCCGCUGGGGGACCUGGCUCCGGGGAUGGGAAAGCCACCCGACAGGAACGUGGAAAGGAUGAAAGACGCCUUGGCUCAUUUCACCAUCAACACAGCUCUGCUUCCUGACGAGGCGGGGAACGCGCGACUGUUCAGGUACCUGAACCCACAGGCGCACGCGGCGCAGACUUCCAGAGAGGACCUCGCUCCCAAGAGGGCUGACGGCUCUCCCCAGGGACGCAGGAGGGAGGAGCUCAGGCUGCCCGAGAUGAAGGUGCUGCGGUACCGCCAGGCGGGGUCCAGCCGCAGCUGCGCCCUGCCGGCCCCGGGCAGGGACGAGCACCAGUACACCAGCUCCUACCUGGCCGGCCUAACCAGGGCUGACGGGUACCAGAAGUUCCUGAGCUUCCAAAAGCGAGUUCUGGUGAAGCAAGAUCUCCUGGAGAGUGGUUUCACAGGGGCCAAGGUGGCCACGGGCCAUGAGAAGAAGCUGGAGGAGAAACUCCAGAGAAUAUGCACGUGCUUCCCGCAACAGCUCGGCAGGCUGCAGGUCUUCGGAGAAGUGUUUGAAGAUGUUUGCAGCAGUUCUUUGAUAUUUGGUGACAUCUUGAGAGAAGUCAAGGACGAAUAUGAGCUCUACAUGACCAUCCUCCUGCACUCGCAGCCCACGGAGCAGUACAAGGUAACGGUGGCCGCGCAGCACACCCCGGCGUCUGUUCGCUCACACUCCACCUUCACCAGUGGUAGGAAACAUUCCGAACCCGAGCAGCACCACUGGUUCCUCCGCAGUUCACCACAGCCCAUGCUUUUAUUAGGGAAGAGCUUCAUACUAGCUGAAGGGUGUUUGACUUACCUGGCUGAAGCGAAAGCGCUGGAGAAGAGGCCUGUGCGGACGGGGGACGUUGACCAGGCCAGGGAAGAGCUGAAGAAGCUUGUGGAGGCCACCAGGGCAGCCUUGGAGCGCAACGACAAACUCAGAGACGAAUUAGAGGUGGAGAGCAAGCUGCUUCAGUGCGCUAAGGAAAGAGCAGAAGCAGCUGAGAAGAAAGUAAUCGAUGAGGAACAACUUACUCUUACGGAGAAGGUUGAAAUUCAGAGAUGUGAAAUACUCAAGAAAUGGGAUGAACUUCAAGCCCUUGAAAAGCAAAUUAAAACGACGCUGGUGCACACCGGAAUGUCCAACAUUACUGAGAAUAAGCUUAAAAGCAUAGAGAAUGAAGCUAUAAAAUUGGAAACAUCAAAUAGGAUUCUAAAGAAGAAAUUGGAAGCCAAUGAAAACCAUGUGAAGCAGAUCAUGAGGAAGAGUAAGAUCAGUGAGGAGGAGCAGCAGAAACUUUGGGAAUUUAUUAAAGAAUAUGUGAAAUUAGAAGAAACAGAAAAUAACUCUCAGGCAACUGGAGAAAUGCCCCAUGAAAAUGCAGAAGUGUCAUGUGGAUAGCCUGGAUGUUUGCAGAUAGAGAAAUCAAGACGCAUUCCAUUUUGUCCACCUUACCCCUAAUAAAUUGAUGUGUUAUAAGUGUCCUCAUCAAGGUGUGGAUAAAUGCACGUGCACAUAGGGUCAGGGUCGUUGUAGUUCAUGCGCAUGCGCCUAACAAUACUAGUUCUCAGAGGAUUUCCUGCUUUUACUUAAUAACUUUCCACUGGAGGAAAUACUUCUGAAUAUUUAUUAGGGAUAAAAAAUUUUGCUCUGCUGAAGUAGGGAUUGAGUUUGUUUAUCUGCCAACAGUUUUGUUUCACGUCACGCAGUGCAGUAGUGCUCUAACUGAUACCCCUUUCAUUCAAUAACCCGUGUGGAUUGGAAGCGAUCGCUGAUCUGCAGACGUCAGGACUUCUCUUGAGAGCUGGCACACACGCAUCUCAGCUGGCUGGACCCUCAGCGGCACCCUGGGACUCGGGGUUGUUUCUCCCCUCUUUGCCUUUGAUAUCAUCUAACUUCUAGGGCUGGAUGUGAAUUGGAUUCCCUUGGACAACCAUCCAGGUGGCGAUUUAGAAGUUCAGAUGUAAGUGGGUGCAAUGUGAAUAUGAGGACUUCAGUCCUUAACCUGGCACAGGAGAGGAGAGAGAGGGAGAGAGAGAGGGAGGAGGAGGGAGCAAGGCUUGCUGGGAGGCUGUGCUGCCAGGGUCCUCUGAGAGCCACUGGCUUCUCUGGUCAUGACUUAUCUCUGCUUUCAAAUGUAAAUCGGUGGCAACUACUUAAAGUUUUAGCCAUACACAGAAAUCAGCUGGGCUUUAUUAGCGUUGUUGAGUUAUCUACAUUCCAGUUAUGUUCUGUUGAUUAUUGAGUCCACUCGGAUCCUGCUAAGU